CGGGCGCUGCCGGUGGCGGCGGGAUGGCGCAGCCCGGGGAGGCCUCGGGGCACACGGCGGCCGCGGCCAUGGACGGCAACGUCCUGGCUAUCGUCAUCGCCGCGACCGUGUCUUCAUCGGUCUUCAUCGUGGCCAUCCUCAUCCUGCUGCUGCUCCUGUACCACCGGGACCCCAUGUGCUGCCAGUUCCUCUGCUCCUGCCGCUUCUUCCGGACCCCCAGCCAGUAUGACUGCCCCCCUCCCUACUUCAGCAGCAACCAGCGCCUGGUGGGUCCCCAGCGCAGAGCGUCGCGGCUGGAGAGCGCGGCUGAGAACCCUGCCCUGCAGGGAGAUGAGCUGUUCUGUGUGGGACCCCCCAGCAGCUACCAGCUCCCCUCCUGGGAGCAGCCCCGCCUGCCGAGCUACGAGAGUGUGCGGAAGAAAGAUCGUCAGCGGGAAAUCCACCAGAUGAUCGCCGAGAGGUUUGGGCUGUGGGCAGAGCCUGCCCAGGAGAUGCCACCUCCCUACGAGCAUGCUCUGAGGCAUCCUCCAGCUUUCUCAGGAACAGGAAGAAGCUCAGAGACCCUGGACAGAUGUGGGGUGUCAGACCCUUUCCAAGCCCCUCUCGGCUACCAAACCCAGCGAAACACGGCCGUGUAAGGCCCCGGCCUCCACGUGCUGCUGCUUCCCGCGCUCAGGGACACAAGUGCCUGGGCCAUGGUGCUCAUCCGCAGGGAGCGGCUGACCUUGGAUCUCCACCCGGAUUCACAACCAGCUGGGGCACAGGCAGGUCAGACCCAGCUGGUGGAGACAUCCCUCCCGCUGCCCUAGGACACUCAUGGAGCCACCGCCAGGUAUCGCGCUCCGAGCGGAGCAGCUGGGAUGUCUGCUCCUGUUCUCUGGAAAACGGGCUGUUCCCAAUGGCAACGGACCAGCUGGUUGCAAUGCCAAGGUGGUCUGCUCAGCCAGAGCUGCUCCAGGCAGCUGGUGUCAUCUUACCUCUGUGAGGCAAGUGCUGCCUGGCAUGCCAAGGAUCAGGCCUCAGACAUUGAUUUCUCAGGUUAUGAAGUGUUUACUUUAUGGGUGUUAUCAGGUUCCAGGUGGGAAUUCUCACCUCUGAGUGGCAGAAGGAAUCCGCUGUCAGAGCACCCAUCAACACUCUGAUCCAACAGUCCUCUGCAACAGGGGACAGUUUUGUAUGGGCUGCAGAUCAUGAUCUGGGGGCUCCAGGCGUUGUGUCACCUGCUGUGUGCACAUACUGACCACCAAGAUGAAAGAUGCAACGAGCAGGCUGGGGAAGGACAGGAGAAGCACAGACAAAAUAGCUGCUCUCCAUGAAGGACAUCAAGAUGGACACACGUGGCUGACCAAGUUCACCUACUCAAGUUCUGCAGAGCAGGCAAUCUCAUGUCAACACCAGUGUCCUUACAUCAAUUUUGAUGACCUGUUUUCUACUGCAGAGCUGAUGUUUCAAAUUGUUUACAAACCUGUAGAUAAAAUGAGAUCAGUUUUGCCACAGGGGAUUUGGGCUCCUUUCUUUCGAGCAACAUAAGCUUGAAAAUGUCACAGAAUGACUCUGGGAAGACAAAAGGAUAAGCCUUCUGGGUUCUGGCUUUAUGAUACACCCCUGGCCAUUGAGCUUCAAAUACCACCCCAGGCUUGUGCAUCUUACCAGGCAUUCUAAAAUGAGUCAUGAGUUAGCUUUACAAGUGUGAACCUGCCUGAUGUGACUAGUAAAUGGAACACUUUCAGAUAUCAGAGUUAAUCACUGAGGAGUUAGAAGGAACAAUCUGGCUUCCUGGAAUGCACAGUUAGGUGCAAGUGGAAAAGGAUCCAUCCCUCUUCUGCAGUACUUUGAAUUAAUAUACAAAUAUAACAGCCAUGUCUAAAAAUAGGCAGAGGGAAUUAUUAGUGGGACAAGUACUGACAUAAGAGUGAUUGUA